AUUCGCCGUUGCGAUCCCUCCGCUUCCUCACUCCCUCUUCUUCUUCUUCUUCUUCUUCUUCUUCUUCUUCUCCCUCUCGCGUCAUUGGAUCGUCGGAUUCGAUCCCUAAUUACGGAGAAACCGCGAUCAGAUCGCCUACCAAACUCCCAAUUCUCAAUAACUAGACUAGAUGGAAGCAGAAACCACCAUCCACGGCUUCUUAGGCCCCGCCAUGGACAAACCUCAAUCCAACAACGCGCCGUCGCCCCCGCCGUCGCCGCACGCGGCGGAAUCCCCCGUAGCACCAUCCGGGACCGCCGAUGCGGCGAAUUGCUUCGACUGCAGCAUCUGCUUGGACUCUGCAGCCGACCCCGUCGUCACCCUCUGCGGCCACCUCUACUGCUGGCCCUGCAUCUACCAGUGGAUGCUGCACCAGCUCGAAACUGCAUCGUCGCCACCGGCGCUGUGGUGCCCCGUGUGCAAGUCCCCUCUCUCUGACGCCUCCCUCGUCCCCCUCUACGGCCACGGCGUAAGCUGCAAAGCGGUUCCCCUGCAGAGCCUGAAUAUUCCUAGCAGGCCUUCGGUGCAACCGCGAUCGCCGGUCCAACGGCCGCCGCAGAUUCACCGCUACGGCGUCGGCACCAACGACGGCCUCCGCCUGCGUUACGGGUACACGUCGGCGCCCGUGUUCUACUCGACUGCGGGGGGAACGAUCGGGGGGAUCGCGGCGGCAGUUCUGCCGUUGGUGUUCGGGAACGAUCACACGGAUCGGGUGGACUACGAUGCGCCGCACGGCGUUGCGGUUCGCGGGGUCGGCCGGAGGAUGAGGGCGAGGCGGUGGGAGAGGGAGGUGGAGAGGUCGUUGCACCAGUUAUGGCUCUUCAUCUUCCUGUGCGGGAUACUGUGCCUCCUACUCUUCUGAGAUGGAAAUUAUAAGAGCAUUAUAUACAUUUUUUUUUUCUUUCUAUUGUCGUUGUAAUUUCUCAUAUGCAUGUAAAUUCUAAAUAGUGGUCGAGAAUGUAAUGUAGUGAAGUAGUACACAUUAUCUUGCAAGGGUAAUCAACCUUACAUUGUAAGUUUCAAUCUCAUCUCCUAUUUAUGUGUUC